AUGCAAGAACCGGUUUUGACUGUCUCGAUCACCACCCCGCAAUCCUGGGCGCAACAAAAUGCCAUCAAACGGCGGCGGGUUCCUCGAUCACCGCGGCGCAAUGCUCUCUCUCUCAAGCACUUGGAUCCCAAGGUGAAGAAGGCCAAGGAAGAGUUUCUGUCCAAGGCCAUUGCCAGUCAAUUGCAAAUCAAGAGGUCUCCCUCCAACGGACUCCAGCUUGAUCCUUUCCAGACCUUGCCCAUCCCAAGCACUGGCUGCGUGGGAACCAUGGCCCAAUAUUAUGUCCAGGUCUGGGCGCCUCAGCAUGGCACCGCGUUUGCCUUUGACAGCCAUUCUAACCCUUAUGUGAGCCUACUUUGGCCUUUUGCCAUGUCAUCCGAUAUCUACUUUGAGGGCCUCAUCGCUCUAUGUCGAGCUACAUACCUCGCCACUUCGGGCCAGUCCGCUCGUGGCGACCGACACUUUGAUCCUCAACAGUGUUCAGACGAUACUACCAUCCUCGUCGUGGCGACCUUGGGAACGAUUGAUUAUAUUCUGGGCGACCACACCGGUGCCUACGCUCAUGUCUCGGGUAUGAGGCAGAUGAUCAGGCUAAGGGGUGGGAUCAACGGUGCUACACCUUGGGAACGAUUGCUCAAGGCCAAUAUCGACGCCUAUGAGGCGCUAUGGUCGUUUCUGUUUGCGGCAGAUUCGACGCCUGACAAGUCAACUCGAUACUCUGGAGAACUGGUCCAAAAUGCCGAAUUCCCCGUCUACAUGGCCCAUCCCUUCAAACCUGAAGUCUGUGAGAUGUUAUCCAAGUUGCCCCAAGGCUUCUGUGACAUUGGUCUGACGGGGGUGCUUUCGCUACAAAUGAUUCGACUGCUGUCCCAUUUUGCCACGGUGAAGGCGAAAUUGUCGGAUACCAUUCGCGUCGAAGAAUUCGGUGUCACCUCGAGAAGGAAGAUCCAGACGACCCUCGAAGAUCUUCAUCGACUUGCUACUCUGCAAACCACCACUACAGAGAGAUUCCUAUCUCACGGUCUGGUGGCAUACUGCUACCUGUUACGAGUGAUUCACUUUCAAGAUCAUCUUACUGGCUUUUACGAGACAGCUCUGAAAGCUCUAGCGGACAUUGCUCUGCACCAAACGCCCAGCCACAAAGCGCCGGAACGCAAGUGUUAUCUCUGGACGAAUAUGAUGAUUGCGACUGUGAUCCAGCAUGGACAGAUUCGUCCCCGUGGCUGGACAACUGUCAUGGGACAAUUCUUGGAUAACUACGGCGAAGCUCGACAAUGGAAAAGGUUGGAGAAGGAAUUAAAAAUGUUCUUUUUCGAGGAUGCUAUCAGCCUCCUGGCAAAGGAGGCUUAUGACGAGGCAGUAAGGAGGAAGGAAAGGGGACAAUCCGAAGAGAAGGAUUCUCGUAUCGCAACCAUGGCUAUUCGGAAUGUCAUUCUAUAG